AAAAAAAAAGCAUAAAAGAAAAAAGAAGAGAAGAGAAGAAAAGUGAGACGCGAAAUGAACGAAAGAUAAACACAAAACAAAAAAAUGGAAUGAAAAUAAAAAUGAGAACAAAAAUAGAAAGAAAGGAAAACUAGAAGAAGAAGAAAAUAAACCAAUAAAACGAUAAAAACAGAGAAACAACAACAACAACAACAACAACCACCACCUCUGUGAUGCACCACUUAACACCCUCAAGUAGCAGUAGUGGCGGUGUUAGUAGUAGCAGCAGUAACACCACUAACACCCCCAGCAGUAGUAAAAGUGGUGGUGGUGGCGGUGGUGGUGGUGGUGGGCGGUGGUGUUAGCCAUGGGCCGCCCACCAGCAUCCCUUGAUGUGGCCACGUUCCCCACACCCCCCCAGCCCCCGCCCUAACCGGCACAGCCUCUCCUCCCAUCACCGAGGCGCCCGCAAGAUGGUCGGGGGCGCCUCUCCACCCCCCGUCACCAUCUCGAGGGUUCUGGACGCCUGGAAUGAGAUGAUAGAAAAUGAGAACCACAGCCUGCGGGAUCGGGUGGGGGACCUCGAGAAAAAGGUACACGAGCAGAAUGAUGAGAUAAUGUGCCUCCGAUCUACCCUGGCGGAUGUGCUGCGGAGGCUUACCGUUGUCGAAUCCUCCUCUAGCAAGUUGGCCGUGGGCGGAGGUCGCGUCACGCCCACUAAGGAGGACAGGGGGACGGUUCGGCUUCGGCACCACCACAACAGCGGGGGCGGCGAGGGCGGAGGAGCGCGGGAUGUGUCUAAGCGUGCCUCCUCCUAUGUGCCCACCCGCCCCGCCUCCUCCACCGCCAACAUCAGGCGAGGUACCCACUACCAGUCCACCUCCAGCCUUUACUCCGACGGUCACAGCUCCUCCUCCGUCAGCCCCGCCCCCUCCCCGUCCCCCACCGCGGCCCCGUCCUCCACCACCCCUCACCACCACCACCACCACCACCACCACCACCUGCCGAGCCGCCACAUCUCCACCUCCUCCUCCCCCUACUCCUCCCCCUCCCGCCCCUCCCAGCUGGGCGCCCUCAACAAGCGGUGGGUGUCGACUAGUGACUUCGCCACGCCCAGCCGCGCCGCCACAGCCUACGCCCACUCCCCCACGCCCACUAACACGCUGCUCGCCGCCAGACGGCCUAACAGCGGCUCCCUGCACAACUUGUCCGCGCUCAGGGGUGUGUCCGCUCCCCAGCCCCACGUCACCUCUUUUACAAGAGGUCGUGAAGCACAGUACAAUGGCGAGGAGGGCGUGGUGAAGCUGUACCUGCGCGGCCGCCCUCUCAACCUGUACGUGCCCACCCCACUCAGAGAAACGUACUCCCCCACCGGCCCCUCACCUGCCCCGCCCGCCAAGCUCAAGGUGGAGUGGGUCUAUGGCUACAGGGGCCGUGACUGCCGCAACAACGUGUACCAGCUGCCCACCGGGGAGAUCGUGUACUUCGUGGCAGCUGUGGUGGUGCUGUACAAUGUGGAGGAGCAGAUGCAGCGCCACUACCUUGGCCACACUGACGAUAUCAAGUGCCUGGCCGUGCACCCCAACAAGCUGAUCAUCGCCACGGGACAGACAGCGGGCCACGACAGGAGGGAUGCCAGGUCGUGGCGCCUCAACCCACCAACAGAUCCUUUGAGUCCUGAAGCCGAGGAGUGGCCUCACAUUCGCAUCUGGGACAGUGUCAGUCUCCACACCCUUCACGUGCUUGGAAUCAGCGACAUCGAGAGGUCUGUGGCUUGUCUGGCUUUCUCCAAGGCUGAUGGUGGCGGGCUGCUGGUGGCAGUGGAUGAGGCCCCGGACCACAACAUGUCUGUGUGGGACUGGUCCAGGGGAGAGAGAGGCUACAAGCUGCUGGAGACCAAGUGUUCAGCGGACCAGGUUCUGGCCGUGGACUUCUCCCCGAUUGACCGCAACACCAUCAUCACCUGCGGCAAGAACCACAUCUCCUUCUGGAGCUACGACAGCGGCAUGUUGGCCAAACGCACCGGCAUCUUUGAGAACCGCGAGAGACCCAAGUAUGUCACCUCCAUCUCCUUCACCGACACUGGCAACGUUAUAUCAGGAGACUCCAAUGGCAACCUGCUCAUCUGGCACCGAGGCGGCAACACGGUGGACAAGAUGGUGAGGGGCGCCCACGAGGGACCGGUGUUCUCCAUCCUGGUGCAGAAGGACGGCACCAUCAUCACUGGCGGGAAGGACGGCAACAUAGUGGAGUGGGACCGGGACCUGGAGCGCACCGGCAAUGUGACGCAGGUGCCGGAGCAGUACGGAGCACCACGUGUGGUGACCAGCGGCCGCGGUUCACAGCUGGUGGUGGGCACCACCCGUAACUGUGUGCUGGAGGGAACAUUCACCUUCGAUAUGCGUCCUGUUAUGCAGGGCCACACUGAGGAGCUGUGGGGCCUGACGCCUCACCCCAGCCACCACCAGUUCCUGACGGCUGGCUACGACCGCACCUGCUACCUCUGGGACACCAUGGCACACACCAUCGUCUGGAGCAAGGACAUCGGGGAACCAGCCCAGUCUGCAGCGUUCUCCAACAACGGGGACAUAGUGGUCAUCGGCACCACCAGUGGGCGCUGGCUGGUGAUGGAUGCUGAGACCAGAGAGAUGUAUUCCCGGCAUCAGGACGGCAAUGAGCCCAUACAGGUACUCAAGUUCUCCCCGAAUGGUGAGUACCUGGCUGUGGGGUCGCGGGACAACUAUAUCUACAUGUACCAGGUGACGGAGGGAGGCCGCAAGUACACCAGGAUGGGACGCUGCCAGGGUCACUCCAGCUUUGUGACCCACCUGGACUGGUCAGCAGAUAACCAGUUCCUGCAGUCCAACUCUGGGGAUUAUGAGCUGCUGUAUUGGAACGCUGGUCUGUGCCGCCAAAUAGUGCAGACGUCCCAGAUGCGCGACGUGGAGUGGGCCACCAGCUCCUGCACUCUCAGCUUCAACACGCUGGGCAUCUGGCCGGAGGGCGCCGAUGGGACAGACGUCAACACCUGCACCCGCGCCAACAACAACUCCGUCCUGGUCACUGGUGAUGACUUCGGGAAGGUUAAGGUGUUCAGCAACCCAGCGUGCUUCCAGAAGGCCCGCUGUCUGGAGUACGGUGGACACAGCAGCCAUGUGACGGCGGUGACCUUCAUCCACGACGACUCCCGCCUCAUCUCCACUGGCGGGCGAGACACAGCUGUCAUGCAGUGGACAGUAACCUCCACCCCAACCAGCUCCUCCUCCCAGCACUGAGGGGGAUGUGGAGAGGUGCGGAGAGGCUGGGAAGAUCUGCUCUGUGGCCUGAGGAGAAAGAAAUGACAUGUCUGUGUAGUGGUGAGGAGAAAGAAAUGGCAUGUCUGUGUAGUAGUGUGUGCAGAGAGGCUGGGAAGAUCUGUUGUGUGCCCUGGAGAGAGAGAGAGAAGAGUGACAUGUCGUGUAGUGGUGUGUGUAUCUUCUCUCUGGGACAGUCAAGUGUGGUUGUAAAUAGCUGGCUGGAUGUUUAGCUGUAGUGGUUAGUUAGUUUCUUACUUGUUCGUUCACUGCUAUAUUUUUUUGACAGAUGGAAUAGUAGAUACUUAGCUUUUUCUAUAUAAUGGUGGGAGACGGGGAAUGAGGAUAGAGGAUUUUGAUUGAGUGAGGCUGGCUGUGUGUGUGUGUGUGUGUGUGUGUGUGUGUGUGUGUGUGUGUGUGUGUGUGUGUGCAAGUUGUGCUAGGAAGCGCAAUAGUUAAAAAGCCUAAAAUAUACAGAUUCUCCUGAGGUCCUGCCAUUAGUUUAGUCAUUCCUGAGGUUGUGAGGCAAAGCUGGCAGUCACCCAGUUCACAGGAAGCCCAACGAUAUCUAGGCUGAAGUAAUGUCUAUUUUUUGUACAUCCCUCACACUCCUCAUUCCCAUCACCUCCCCUGGUCCCUCCUCCUUGCAUUCCUCAGCACCCAAGGUCUUCCCCACCCUGGAGGAUGCGUUGCUGUGCUCUGAGGUUCUGGUGCUGACCGGGAGUCACACCUGUUGCCUGACUCUUGUACCUAUAACACUUGGAGCUGUGGGAGACAUAAGCCACCAUCAGCCCCACCCCAAAACCACCAACACCUUACCCUGACCACACCACUGCCACCUUCAUAUCUCACUAACAUACGGCUAGUUUUCAAGCUGGUACUUUCCUCUUAGCUCCUCUCCACCUCGUUCCCUUCACUUGUCCUUUCCUACAUGAUUUGCCUUUUCAUCAUAGCUUCCUUCUAUCCAAGCUCAGUUUUCAAGAUUGAUUUUUAUACAGCUUUUUCGCUCAUUACUCCUUUCUGUUCUUCACAAUCUGCCUUUCAGCCUCACUACAGUAUCUUUACCUAUUAUUAGCACAUUUCACCCACAACUGCACUCUCCUAUAGCUAUCUUCUGUCAACAUUUAGUUUGUACCCUUUAUCAUCAGUUCAUCCACUUGUGUACUCUGUCCUCAUUGCUAUCUUUACCUCCACAUCGACACCACAUUGCUUUUCCAUUUUUCCUUCCACUGCUGUCUACAUCAUCUCUCCGUACUUUCCUUCCGUAUAUGUUUAAUGCUUAGCCACACAUCUAUCCACACUCCCACAUAUUUCUUCCACCUCCACACCCACAUUUGACCCCUCAUGUCUCCCAUCAUCCACACAAGGACCACAUUCUCAAACACUUCCACGUCACACCACAACUUUAAAAAAUGUACAAGGGGAAAUCUGGCCAAGGGCAACAAAAACUGAACAAAACCCAUUAAGUUGCCAGUCCCCAGCAGAUCCAAGAGACAUUACACAAGUUUUCAAAGGUUCUAGUGUGAGAUUAAAAAGAUUUGUACUAUUUAACAGAAGCACACUUGAAAAUCUGGCUAAUCAUUUCUGUGGCCUUUGAAAACCAGUCAAGGUGAGGGAGUAAAGUGUUUUCAAGGGUGUUUCUAAAGGGUCUAGUGUGGGAUGAAUAAGAUUUCUACGUUACUAACACACACUUGAAAACCCUGCUAAUCAUCUCUGUGGCCUUGGAAGACAGUCGUGGUGUGAGUAAAGUGUUUGUGAAUAUGGAAGAGAAUACAACAAAUUUAACAAAGAUUUAGUAGUGGAGUGUAGAGGAAGUGUAGUGUAGUGGAGUGACCUGCCUCAGAGUUACCAUUGUUAUGAUGCUGAGGAGUGACACAACUCAGAAUAUAUAUUUAAAAUGAAAACAGACAGGCAAACAAACGGCAUAUAUGUAAGCAGUUAAUUAAAAAAAAAAAAUGCACAAGCUGUAUUUUUUAAUUAUUUUUUGUAGGUCAAAGUUAAGAAACAAAGACUGUAAUAAUUUAGUGCUGUUGCUGUCAGAACCGUCUUUACGGAUUUAUAUUUUUGUGUUUGUUUGUUGUUGCUGUUCUUUAUAUAUGUAGAGAGAAAAUAAAUCUGAUUAGCAUGUAAAUAGUGAGAGGUCCCUUUAACCCAGCAACCAAAGUUUUGAUUAAAUAUAUUACCUGUAACUCUGA